GUUAAAAUUUGUGCGCGGACUCUGGUGUGGAUAAUUGUGCAUCAAUCUAAUUUGUAGUCGCGUGUGAAUCGUAAAUAUCAAUUAAGAUGAAUCGAAGUAAAAGAGAUAAUGACAGCGACUGCGAAGAAGAAAAUUGGACAGAUGAUGAGAGAGAGCGUCGAAGUAUAAGACAUAAAUACAGAGAAAUGAUCAACGAUACUAAACGACAGAGAGAAGAAAUAACACACAGCAAAUCAGAUUUAUUAUCAGAAAGGUUAAAUGAAGCAAAUUUACUUUUCAAAAAAGUAAAGAAGACAAGAGAAGCAGCAAUGGAUUCACGUUUAAUAUACCUUUGUGCUGCUGCUGGAAAACAACAAGCUCAAGCCCUUCAUACAGACUUUUUAACAUUCCAGCCUUUAGAAUUUGCAGAAAAAUUAAUAUCUUAUUUAAGGCCAAAUAGAAUAGAUACUGAUGAAGGAGGAGGAAGUGAACAACCUUGUCCCUUAUUACCUGAACAUUGGAUUGAAUUUGGAAAACAAUUUCAUCCACUCAUAAAUAAAUCACCAUCUUUUCAUUACAUAUAUGGAUCCUUUGAAAUUGGUGAUGUACAAGCCAAAGGAAAACGAAAACCAAUGAAGAAAAAAGACAAAGAUGCUCCAACCAAAGCUAUUACUCCUACUACAGUAAAUUCCUUGGGUAGCAAUAAUGAGACUACAACUGAAGAGGUGGAAGAAAUUUUAAAACUUUUGCAAAAAAUCUAUGUUAAAAAUAAACAUGAACCAAUUUGUUAUUUUGAAUUUGUGACUGAUCCCGAAUCAUUUUCUCAUACAGUGGAAAAUAUGUUUCAUGUUUCCUUUCUUGUGAAAGAUGGUGUUGUAAAAAUAUAUUUGGAUGAUGAUAAUCUGCCAGUAAUUGAACCAAUUUUACAGCAAAACAAAGAGAGUACAGGUUCUUCAAGAGGAAAACAACAUCAGAUUAUAAUGUCAGUCACAAUUCAAGAAUGGAAGAAUAUUGUUGAAGCUUUCCAGAUUAAAAGAGCAUUAAUAACUAGAAGAAAACGUUCUUAGAAAUUUUCUAUGUAAUAUUUAUUAUAUGUAAGUUUUUGAUAAAUAUAUAUAUGUGAGAAUUCUGCUUUCCUUUCAAGAAAGUUAGAACAAUGUAUGUAUGCCCUCUUGAUUACGGUCCUGAAAGCAGCGGUUUUAUAAUAAUAGGUUUUAUAAUAUGAGGUCAAAUGACCCCUUUUUUUGAUAUGUAUCUAAUGUAUCAUAAAUUUGUUAUAUUUUUUCAAUGCAAUAUAUUUUAAAACAUUUUAAAUAAACAUGUUUAACAAAAGUAUUUUUUCAUUUCUUUUUUUUUAAUCCAUACAAGGACUAAGAGGACCUUUUUUUUUGUGACUGUUGCAGGUUUGAUGUCUGGAUCAAAUUUCUGUGAUUCAAAUUUGUACAUGGUCCAUAGAGUAACAGUCUAAUUCCUUUACUAAUAUUAUGCAUAUUAAUAUUAGACAGUUUCAUUUAUAUUGUAAUGCAUUUUAAAAAAGAUUGAAGUUACUUAAGUCUUCUACUUGAGACAAA